CGGUAUGUCUGAUGUAGAAGGCCAAAUAUUGUGUUCUUAGGUCUCUUGAUUGAAAUAUAGCGUGUUAGUUUAUUUCAUAUUUAAGCACUACUUGCAAAUGAAGAGUUUACGUUGCACCGUUGCACCAGAAUAGACACGCAGCCUAAGCAUACAAAGCACUCGUUGUAUUAUGGUAGAAUACCUCGAGACUAUAAACAUGCAUGCGUACACGUUUACACACACACACUUUGCUUUCAAAGCCCUCGCUGUACUGAUAGUCGCUUGUGUAAGUGUGCUGUGGUAUGUACACAGUCGGCGGAUCACUUCGUCGUCCCUACCAGCUCAAUGGGCUCAUGCAACAAACACGCGCGAUCUGAUAGACAUUGCGCUGGCAGACGAGUUGAUUAUUUUUGUAGAAGCGGAUGUUGCGUAUGGAACAUGGCAAGAGACAGGCACUAGCAAAGCGGAGAUGGAGGAAAAGGUCACAGACGAGAGUCAAAGGAAAGACCUGGUGAUGUGCCACCCACCGAUGUAUGUCAGCAAUUUGCGUUUAGUUGAUCUAGUAGCUUUUGUCGUUGGCUGCGAGCGCGUACGCGUGCUGAAGCUGGACUUCAAGGAUCCCAAUGCCGUGGAGCCAAGCAUGAAAGUGCUGAAGAAGAACGAUAAGCUGGAUGUCGCGACCAAUCUAGAGCUUUGGUUGAAUGCCGAUAUUCUCACUGGCCCAGGAGGAACGGAUGCACUGUUCUCACCUGAUGACUUCAUUGAUCAAACCCUUGAAUUUCCUGGCGCUGUAUUAUCUCUCGGAUGGACAACGGGUGUUACCAGUCCAAGGGACCUGGGCUACACGACUCAGAUGGUCACCGACAUGCUGACACUAUGCGGCAGGAGCGAACUCAAGGGGCUACACAUAACAUUCCCGGUCCAUGGAGUUCAUGCGCUCAAUUCCGAGAAGGAUAUGCUUCGUCUGUUGGAUGCCGAUCCGUUGUACACCAUCACAUUUUGGGGUGAGGCGGACAUGCAUGUAGUAGACUGGAUUGAAAACACAUUUCCGCCGGAUAGGGUGUACGUCGACUUACAAACGUAUAAGAAACAAACUACUCCUGUGGCCCUGACUCUGCUGCGAUGGCUGAACAUAGUGAAAUGAAGCGCUCUUUGGUGUGUGUUUAUGCUUAUAGGAACGCUUGUGAACUGCAUUUAAAAGUGUAAGAGAGUGCCAUAAUGACGUGUGGCACCGCAAAGAAGUACACGCGCUGGCUGCACGGGAGAGCUCGCCGCUCGUUUUGAUAACCACACGCAUGAUCAGUAUCCUCGUACCAUCGUAUGUUGCGUUGGGAAUCGAGGUCCGUGGAAUAGGCAUUUAUUAGUGCACCAGCACUCAUUCGAAGCAGGUAGCGUAGACGCCUGAGCUUUUGGGCUUGCUAUAGACGAGGGUAGACACAACCAGACAAUAAUAUAUAGUGUACUCGAUGCUAUCACCCGUUCAGUGCUCCUGGACCAGCGUGCGAUGCGAUUUGUAAUCGGCAUCAUUGCUGCUCGUAACCAUUGCCGAUCAGUAUGCCUCUGUGAGUCUGUAUCUUGUUUGGCAAUCUCCGAAGGACCAAGCAGGUGGAAUUGGGUGCGAAAUAAUACGGGUGUAGCAUUAUAUUUGGAUAAACAGUUCCGUACUUGCUCUCAAAUAUUACUGUGGGUAUUCCAGUCUGCGAGCCCCACAAUGAGCAUGUAUUACAGGGAUUCCCAUUUACUCUGCGGUGCGGUAGUCAUUUGGAAUCAUCGUAUACUCGGAGUGACAUUCACCAGUGCCACCGUAAUACUGGAAUUAGUCACCGCCAAUCAGCAAAGUAACAAAUUUAGGGUUAGGGGCCGUGCUUCCUCACUGAGCUCAUCAUGGCUCGGUGAGAGGUAUAAUGAUUGAAUAAAAAGUGUGUUUGUAACGCACAGAACAAUAGGGGGAAAUAGUAUUUUGUUUUGGAUGUGAAAGAAGUAUGACAUGACUUUGCGUUAACG